AUGAGAAUAUUCUAUUUGGCUAUAUUGUACUAUAUUAAUUCCUUAAGAGAGUCUCAAGCUAAUUCAAACAAUUUUAUAUUGAAGAACAAUGAACAAAUAAAAACAUUAAGAAGGGUUAAUACUAAAAAUAGAAAACAUGAUAUAAAUCAUAUUUUGAAUUUUUCCUUCCUUUCUAAAGAAGAAAAAAAGGAGAACGAUAAACAAAACGAUAAACAAAAUGAUAAAGAAAAAUAUAAUGACAAAGAAAAUGAUAAAGAAAAAUAUAAUGACAAAGAAAAAUAUAAUGACAAAGAAAAAUAUAAUGACAAAGAAAAUGAUAAAGAAAAAUAUAAUGACAAACACAAAGAAAAAAAUAAAGAUAAUAAUAUAGAAAAGGAGAAUGACGAACACAAAGAUCAUAAAAAUGAUCACAAUACCAUAAGUUUGCUAGAUAAAGGAAAAGAUGAUAAAAGUAAAACAACAAAUGAAAAACAGGAUAAGGGAAAAAAUAAAGAUGAAUUUGAUGAUGACGACGACCUUAUAGAUGACGAAGAAGAAGAUGAUGAUGUGGAAUCUGAUGAUUUAAAAAAUAAAUCGAAAAAUAAAAGUAAAAGUAAACAAGAAGAGAAAAAAAAAAAUGAUAAAAAAAAGAUGAAUCCUCAUGACACAGAAGAUGAUGAAGAUGAAGAUUUGAAUGAAGAAGAUGAGGAAGAAAAUGACGAAGAUGAAGAACAUAAAAAGAAAAACGAAAAAAAAAAAAAGGAUGGUGAUGAUGAUGAGAAUGAUGAAGAAGAAGAUGAAGAAAAAGAAAAAAAAAAGAAGAAAGAAAAGAAUAAAGAAAAAAAUAAUAAAAAAAAUAACAAUAAAAAAAUAAAACCUCAUGAAGAUCAUCAUAAAAAUGAUCAUGACCAUGAACAUCAUGAGGAAAAUCAUAAACAAAAAUAUAAAGAAGAAAACAAUAAAAAACAUCAGGAAAAACAGCAUGAAGAGCAUCAAAAUAAUAACAAUCAUAAAGAAAAUAUAAAAAAGGAGGAAAACCAUGAAAUACCAAUUUUAAAUAAUAAUCCACUUAACCAAAUGACAAAUAUGGCAAUUCCAAAUGUGUCGCAAAAUAUACUUCCAAUUAUGGAUAACAGCAUACCAAAAAUGGAAGAAAAACAUACCCCUAUAAAUAAUGAAAUACAAUAUGACAAGAAUAAUGAAGAUAUACACAUUCCUGAUGAUAUUAAAAAUGAUUUCAUGAAAUUACUGAAAAAUCUUGUUUCCCUAAACAGCAAGAACAAUUUAUAUAAAAGUCAACAUGAACAUUUAAAAGAAGAUGAAAAAAACAAACAUUCAGAAAAUCCAGCUUUAUAUAAUAAAUUAUUUUAUGGACAAGAUAUCCAUAAUAAUUCAUCAUUUUUCAAUAAAAUCAUCAAUCAUAUAAAAAAAUAUCUCAUGUAUUAUAUAAUAGGUGUUAUUGUUUUUUUCUCUCUUGCAUUGGUUAUGCAAUCUUCAGAUUAG